UUAACAUAGGAAGAUGUGGUACAACCUACCAAUCACCAGACAAAACGUACGACUUGUUUAAAAUAUUUUCUUUUUACUGAAUAUCGAUCCCGAUUAAACAAGAAGAGGAAAUUCGAAAUAGGCAAAAUCCAGUCAUGGACAUUCCAAUAUAUACUGUUGAUGCCUUUACAAAAGUGCCAUUUGAAGGAAACCCCGCAGCCAUUUGCUUAGUGGAUCCAGAACAUGAUUUAUCUGAAGCACAGAUGCAGAAAGUUGCAGCUGAGAUGAAUUUGUCGGAAACAGUGUUUCUUCGAAAUAAAGAGAAAAAUGGAUCUUUUUCAAAAGGAAAUUCCUUUCAUAUUCGCUGGUUUACUCCAACCAAUGAGGUUAACUUGUGUGGCCAUGCAACUCUUGCUACUGCUGCUGUAUUAUAUAACGAGUUAAGAAAUCCUUCAUCGAGUGUGAAAUUUGACUCUUUAAGUGGAGAAUUGGUUGUCUCCAAGGACGGGAAUGGAUUUGUUAUGAACUUCCCUCUCAAUGAAACAAUUGUCCAGGACAAAGCAGAGUAUCACAAGUUGUUAGAAUUGAUUGUAUCUGUGGAUUGUGUAGAAAGAGUGGAAUAUUCCCCUCCCACCAAGAAACUACUUGUGAGACUUACAGACAAAAUGACAAGAAAACAACUAGAAUCUCUCACACCAGAUAUUUCCAGUAUGAUGGCUGCUGAGGUCACUGGGAAGGUGAAAGGUGUGAUUGUGACCUUGAAAGGAAGUACUGAGAAUGGUGCAGUGAGUUCUGAUGGGGAAACUUACGAUUUUAUCUCAAGAUAUUUUGCGCCCUGGAAUGGAAUCCCAGAGGACCCUGUAACUGGUUCAGCACACACAGUUCUAGCUUAUUACUGGGGAAAAGUGUUAUCCAAAAAGACUUUAUUUGCUCGUCAGUGUUCGCGGCGCGGUGGUGACGUCAGAAUGAGGGUCCUAGAGGGGGACAGAGUGGACCUUAUUGGACAGGCAGUUACUGUACUGAAGGGCGCCUUUAUUUUGUGACACAAAAUAAAAUCUAUGCUUAAGGGAUCA